UUUGGAAUCUUUCUUUUUACCCGGCAAUUACUUAAGACAUGUGUGUUUUUGCACUCCGAGUGUUUUUGGGAAUCCUUCUUUGUGCACCAUACCAGUGCUUGGAGUGUGCUUUUGGCUGUGAGUGUUUGGCUGUCACUCGCACAGUGAAAUGUGUUUCCAGUGACCUGCUCACGGUGCCACAAAGUAUUCCAGGAUAUGCGAGGACUGUCAUCGUCAUAGGGAAUAAUAUACACCAGAUUGGACCUGAAUCAUUUACAGAGCUGGAGAACGUCACAAACAUCAUUUUAAGCAAUAAUCGGAUUACAGAAAUGGCAUCCCACAGCUUCUUUGCCCUCAUCAACCUGCGUUUCCUGGACCUCAGUGGGAACCAGCUGGCGCUCAUCCAUCCAGAAGCUCUCAGUGUACCGGGCAGUCCCCUUCAGGAACUCAACCUGAGCCGCUCGCUGUACAACUUCAGCGCUCUGACAGACCUCACCACGGCUUUGCGCUGGGGUGGCCUCGUGGGGCUUCUCCGCCUCGACCUUUCUGGGAACCACCUCACCCUGCUGCCCCCAGGGAUGUUCUCCCACCUUCCCAACCUGCAGCAGCUCUUCCUCACUAACAACUCUCUGGUGGCUGUCUACAGUGGAACCUUCUCUGGCAUGCACCAUCUGGAGGUACUGGACCUUACUCGCAAUGCCUUUGGGACAUUCGGGGCUGAUGCUCUGCAAGAGCUGGAGAAGCUCGGGAACAUCCGAAUCCUCCUUGGUAACAACCCCUACACCUGCUCCUGUCAGAUCCAUACUUUUGUGGCCUGGCUGAAUGAAUCAAGAGCUCAGGUAGAUGUGGAUGCUGUAAGGUGUGCCUCACCAGGGGGGUUGAAUGACACUCUGCUGCGAGGGCUCAGUUUCCAGGCCAUUGGAUGUGUCGUUUCAGUCCAAGCAGAGGCGGCUGACCUCACCCUGCAUACGUCCUAUGUCUUCCUGGGCCUGGUGCUGGGGUUUGUGGGUAUGGUGUUUCUCUUUGUGCUCUAUCUGAAUCGCAAUGGUAUGAAGAAGUGGAUAUUCGAAAUGAGAGAUGCAUGUAGGGACGUGCUUGAGGGAUAUCACUACCGAUAUGAGAUUGACUCAGACCCUCGGCUGGGGCACAUCUCAGCAGAUAACGUUGGAUGCAGGGCACAAAGGCAUUUAGGAUUAGCUCGACCACAGCAGCUGCCAAAUAAAACCUGUAUUCUGGAGGUUCCUACAGACACAGAGGUAAAACAGGUGACAACCUCUCCACCUGGGAACCUUUGAUGUUUUAAAGAAGCUAAAAUAAUUUGACGAAGUAUGAGAAAGAUGUAAAUGUUAGCAGUUUAUCCUGGUAGAUUUACAACACAUUAAAUGUUUUUGAGCUUCAUGUACAUACAGCAGAUAUAACUUAUAAACCUCACAUUAAAAGUGCCUUUGUGUCUUUGAAGCACUGGCACAUAUCUCUGUAAAUUGACCUUGCUAAGAUGUUUAUCAUACAUACCCCCAUGUCAUUUUUUGUCAACAGUGUUUCUUUGCUUUUUAGUAUUAGUAUCGUGACUUUAAAUAUCUUAACAUACUGCAGAAGAACAUAGGUGGUAGCUCAAUAGCAUAGAAAAUUUAUGUUGACCUAAAAAACUGUAAUCCAUAGACACCCAGUAGAUUUUAUAAUAGGACUUUAUAAGAUUGCGUAUGUGUAUUGCGUAAAAUAAAAAACAAUCCUUAAAUUCACUUAACCGUGUGUCAUUAUUGUACAGGAAUUCAUAAUAUGUCGGUAUUAUAACAUCCAAAGGAAUGGAUAACUGUAUAUGAAACGUAUUUACAUGUAUUAAAAAUAAAACAAAGUUUUAAUGUA